AUGGCGGAUCCGGACGCCCUCGCACAGAUCAGUGCCGUGAUGUCGGCUCCGACGCAGGCCGUCGCUGUCGUCGUGCUGCGCGCCGACGGCAGCUGCGACGAGGCCAAGAUUGACCACCGCAAGGUAGGCGAGCUCCUCGGCGGCACGCCCACCGUCGUCGGCGCUCUUCGCUUCCUCAGCGCGCAGGCGGUCUCCCGCCGCGGCGCAAAGGGGUCGGUCAACAAGCACGCGCUCCCAGCCGACUCGUUUGAGCCGGGCAUCAAGGGCGACAUCGUGCUCCUCCGCACGGACGACGACAGCGCUGGCACCCCUCUCGACCUGACGGUCGUCGAGUACAACAAGUGGGUGGACGACGGGAGGCCGGACGCCGAAGAGGAGGAGGGCGAGGAGGAGGGCGAGGAGGACGAGGGCGAGGAGAGCGAGGAGGGCGAGGAGUCGGGGAGCGAGGACGAGGACGGCGAGAGCGACGAGGAGGACGAGGUCGACCUGUCGGAGCUUCCCGAGUCGGAGCUGCGCCGCGCCUGCAAGCUCUUCGGCCUCGGCGAAGAGGGGAGCAAGGAGGCGUUGAUCACGCGGCUGGCGCGCCGCUCGCCGCUUCGCCGCCCGCUUGCCCCGCGGAUCACCGCCAUCCCUCCGCUGCAGGUGGCGCACGCAAAGGAGCAAGUCGAGGGCGAAUCGGACGAAGAGAGUGAGAGCGAGGGCGAGGAGGAGCAGGCUGGGGAGGAGGAGGAGCAGGAGGCCCCGGCUCCCAAGCGGAGGACGACAAAGGCUGCCGGCAGCGCCGCGGGCCCCUCCAAGGCGCCCGCGAAGCGAGCCAAGCGCUCGUGA